GGCUGGAGGAGGGCACGGCGGCGCCUGGGCAAGGAUGGGAGUCCCCGGGACCCGGAGCUGAGCAGCCGGGUGCGCGCGGCGGGCAGGGCGCGCAGGGGUACGGCAGCCUUGCUGUUCUCCGGGAGCCCAACACCGUUCCCGCGCGGCCAGGAUGAUCCCUCCGAGCGGCCCCCGCCAGGACGGCGUGGACGGGCUGCCCCAGGAGGCAGCGAGCGCCGAGCAGCCGCCCUCUCCUGCAUCCACCGGCAGCCAGGAAUCCAAGCUCCAGAAACUAAAACGAUCACUUUCUUUCAAGACCAAGAGUUUACGGAGCAAAAGUGCUGACAACUUCUUUCAGCGAACCAACAGCGAAGACGCGAAACUGCAGGCCCACAUGGUGGGUGAGGUCAGCCCCAGCUCCAGUCCACUCCCUGCUCCAGGAAGCCUGACGUCCACACCUGCCAGGGCUGGCCUGCAUCCAGGUGGCAAGGCUCAUGCCUUCCAGGAACACAUCUUCAAGAAGCCCACUUUCUGUGAUGUCUGCAACCACAUGAUAGUGGGAACAAAUGCUAAGCACGGACUGCGCUGCAAAGCCUGUAAGAUGAGCAUCCACCACAAGUGCACAGACGGCCUGUCACCCCAGCGGUGCAUGGGCAAGCUGCCAAAGGGGUUCCGGCGUUACUACAGCUCCCCCUUGCUCAUUCAUGAACAGUUUGGCUGCAUUAAGGAAGUUAUGCCCAUUGCCUGUGGCAAUAAGGUGGACCCUGUCUACGAGACCCUCCGCUUCGGCACCUCCCUGGCCCAGAGGACAAAGAAGGGCAGCUCCGGCAGUGGCUCUGACUCACCUCACAGAACCUCUACUUCAGAUCUCGUGGAGGUUCCUGAGGAAGCUGAUGGGCCAGGAGGCGGGUAUGACCUAAGGAAACGCAGCAACAGUGUGUUUACAUAUCCGGAAAAUGGCACUGAUGAUUUCAGAGAUCCAGCAAAGAACAUAAACCACCAGGGAUCUCUUUCCAAAGACCCAUUACAGAUGAACACCUACGUUGCCUUGUACAAAUUUAUACCACAGGAGAAUGAAGAUUUGGAAAUGAGGCCAGGAGAUAUAAUUACUCUUUUAGAGGAUUCCAAUGAAGACUGGUGGAAAGGAAAAAUUCAAGACAGAACCGGCUUCUUUCCAGCCAACUUUGUUCAGAGAGUACAACAAAAUGAGAAGAUUUUUAGAUGUGUUAGAACCUUCAUUGGGUGUAAGGAACAGGGACAGAUAACACUGAAAGAGAAUCAGGAUGCACUUUAUAAUUUAGAGGAAAGCAGAUCAAGACUUUACAAUUCUUGAUGCCUACUGCCGAAUUGCAUUCAGAAAAGUUGUACCAAGCCACACUCACACCAGCUGUUCAUGAGCAUUUUCAGAUCAUCAGUUUCUUGCAAGAAUUGAAUGUUACUAUUUAUUGUUAUGUUAUUUUGAUAGAUUAAUAAUAUUUCAUGCUAAUCUGCAUUUUCUGGAUAGAGAGGCUUACAUUUUAUCUCAUAUGUAUAUAUUUUUUAAUAAUCUAUUUAUGUGCUUCACCCUUUUUCUUACAUUAUUUAAAAAGUUUUCUACCUUUGAAGAAUAUUUAUGCCUGGUAAACCACAUGUGACAGAUAUUUUCUCUAGCUCACCCUUUGUCCUUUGCUCUCAAGGUCUCUUUCUCCAGGAGCUUAAUCCUUCUUUGCUUGGAUCAUUUCUAGUUUACCAUACUGCCCUUGUAGUUUUAAUGUCUUCAUCGUUUCCCACUUCUUUAUCCCUCUCCAACUCCUCCCAAGAGACUCCUUCAAGAUAGUCCUCACUUCACUUUGAUUUUCUGAAGUUUCCAUUCAGUCUUUCAAUACUUCUAAGAUGUCAGUUUGGUAUUUAUUUCCUUGUAGACUUUUCUCAGUCAGCCCCUUUCUUCUGCAGCAUCUUUUCUUUUUUCUAACUUUAUUUUAAGUUGAGGGGUACGGUGCAAGUUUGUUACAUAGGUAAACUUGUGUCCUGGGGGUUUUUUGUACAGAUUAUUUUCUCACCAGGUAUUAAGCCUAGCACCCAUUAGUUAUUUUUCCUGAUCCCCUCCAUUCUCCUACCCUCCAUACACCCUUCACCCUACCCAAAAGGUCCCAGUGUGUGUUAUUUCCCUCUGUGUGUGCACGUGUCCUCAUCACUUAGCUCCAACUUACAAGUGAGAACAUGUGGUGUUUGGUUUUCUGUUCCUGUGUUAGUUUGCUAAGGAUAACGGCCUCCAGCUCCAUCUGUGUCCCUGCAAAGGACAUGAUCUUGCUUUUUCAUGCCUGCUUAGUAUUCCCGUGGCGUAUAUGUACCACAUUUUCUUUGUCCAGACCAUUGAUGAGCAUUUAGGUUGAAUCCAUGCCUUUGCUGUACAGCAUGUUUUCUUUGAGUCUCAUUGCAUGUCUCUUUUAUCUCUAGAUAUUCUCUCCUUAUAACACUGAGGCCAAGUCUUCCUUCGACCUACUGCAUUCACUAUGUCUGAAAGGAGAACUUUGAGACAUAUGUAUACAUUUUCUGAAAUUUUUUUAAUGUUUUAUAGUAACAGACUUGGUCCUUUUAUCUUGUGGUAGGCAGAAUAACAACUCCUCAAAGAUGCCCAGGGUCUAAUCUUCACAACUUUGAAUAUGUUACUUUAUAGGACAAAAGGCACUGUGUAGAUGUGAUUAAGUUAAAGUUUUGUGACCAUUAGAUUAUCUGGAUUAUCAGGCUGAUCCCAGUGUAAUCAUAGAGAUCCUUAGAAGAGGGAGACAGGAGGAGCAGAGUCAGAGGAGAUGUGAUGAUGGAAGCCGAGGUCAGAGAGAGAGAGAUUGGAAGAUGCUACGCUCCUGGCCUUGAAGGUAGAGAAGGGAGCCGUGAGCCAAGGAAUACAGGUGAUGACCUCUAGAGCUGGAAAAGACAAGGAAACAGAUUCUCUCUUAGAGCCUCUAGAAAGAAUGCAGGCCUGCCAGCACCUUGUUCUUAGGACUUCUGAACUCCAGAACUGUAACAUAAUAAAUUUGUAUUGUUAUAAGCCACCAAAUUUGGGGUAAUUUAUAGCAACAAUGGAAAACUAAUCCAGAUUUCACAUAAAAAAGAACUUUGUAUAUGUGAUAAAGGUUAUGGACUCUCAGAUGGGGAGAUAUUCUAGAUUGUCUGGAUUGGUGAAAUCUAAUCACUUGAACCCUUAAGGAGAGAAAAAUGUAUCUAGUUAGAGUCAGGGAGAUGCAACAGAAGAGGCCAGAUGAGAAAUGAGGGAAAGGGGUAAGUCAGAGUGAUAAAGACUCAGCAUACCAUUGCUGGGUGUGAAGAAGGAGUAAGGGGACCACAAGCCAGAGGACGAAGGUGGCCUCUAGAAGCCAGAAACAGACAUUUCAGUCCUCCACGCACAGGGAGCUGAUCUCAGCAACAACCUAAGUGAUCAUAAAAUGAAAUACUCCCCUAGAGAAACAGCCAAGACAGAAAGGAAUAGAGCUCUGCUGAUGCCCUGAUUUUGGCCUUGUAAAACCCAGAGCAGAGAAAACCAGCCAAAUCCUCUAGACCGACAGAACUGUGAUAAAAUAAAUGGUGUUGUUUAAAGCUUCUAAGUUUGUGGUGAUUUGUUACAACAGUAAUAGCAAACGAAUAAACAUCUCAAGUUACAAAACUCAAACUCAACCUCACAGGGUCUAUUUUACUCCUAUAAUAAAAGCUCUGAUACAGGUCAGUUGCUGGGUUGAUAAUCCAGUGGCUUGAUCCCUGUUCAGAGAACCAAAUUCUUCCACAUUUCUGCUAAGCCAUCCUUGAAAUGGUAGCCAUGUCCCCUAGCGGUCACAGGUGGCUACAGCCACUCCAGGAAUACUUCCAGACAAAGAAAGAUUUUUUCCUAAGGCAUCUCUUUUAAUAGGGAAAAAACACUUUCCCAGAAGUUCCCCAGCAGAUAUUUCAUCUUGCUUCAUUGACUGGAACUAAGUUCUAUGGGAACCACUAAAAAUCACUAACAAGGAGGAUAGAAACAGACUUGGAUCAAUUCAAUUUACACAAGUCACAUAGGAUAGGGAUAGGCAACAGAACAAAAGGCAGGACUCUGCUUCGUGGGAAAAGGACAAAAAUGACUAUGGGUACCCAUCAUCAGCAUUUGCCUCAAGGUUUUAGUUAUCCUAGAACAGUGAGUUACUGAUGCAGAACUAAGGUUGCCCAGCUGAAACAAUGAGUGACUUAGUUGGAGUCCACCUCAGUUCCCACCAAAUUCAAAAACCAGAGUACACGACAUGGAUGCAUGAUCAGAAGUCUAAAAUAUCAAAGACUGAACAGAGUGGUAACAUUUAACUCCAAAUCAGGGACCUACAAGCUAUUAAAGAGUCUAGAGAGAAUGAGAUUGAGAAGAAAUUGAGUAAGUCAUUGAAAUCCAGAAGACCGUAAACUAUAUGUGUCCCAUACUAGGAAAGCAAAGUCUCUGAGAGAUGCUGAGGAGCUGGCCAUAGCUGAGCUACAUGGUUAGGUAAAAGUGCUGGGCUGGCUGGAGAUGGGGUGCUGUGUAUAUGGGGUGCCUCUGCUCUGCUUAUGCUGUGUCUACCUUGGUGUUGGGGCAUCUAGCUUAUCACUGCUGCAUACAUGAUGCCCUCAUGUCAGCAAGCUGGCUGGUCAGGUCAGGAUUUAUCAGUAUGGAAAGAAAAUCUGUCCAACUUUCAGGAAGUCUCUUCAGGUUCCUGAAGGAGGGAAGGAGGAUGGAGAGAGAAUGGGUGGCAAGAGAAAAAAAAAGAGGACAGAUGAAGAUGGAAAGGGAAAGGAGGAAAGUCAAAAGGAGGGGAGUGGAGAAGAGCGAAGGGGAAAUGAAGACAGGGGAGGGGAAAGGAGAACAGAAGGAAUUGUUAUAAAUAAAUCUGAGCACCUCAUCCCUCCAACUAAAACCUUUUAACACCCUUGUGGUUAAUACCAACAGUCACGUUUGCCUUUUUCCCAUGCUGUAGAGCCCUGAGUUUCGUUCUGUUGUUCACCUCUGUCUCAAACCACUCAGGCAAUGCUAACUGAAUUGAUCUCAUUCUCUUUGUCGAUGAUGAUUUUAGUGGUUUGCUUAUGGCCCAUUCCAGUCCAUGGGACAGGUCAGAAGGUAGCCAAAGGUCUUAGCAGAGCUUUAGCAUGGCUUGUGUUUCUUGCACACUCUAGGCUCUGACAGAUUUCGUGGCUUCAUCUUACACCCCUUCCUCCCUCCAUCUCUCUAGUCUGGCUACACUGAAUUUUUCCCAUCACUUCAAAGUGUCACAAUCUCUUGAUGCCAGAAUUUGUUCUUAUUCCACUCGUUUUCCUCCUUCCCACACCUUUUUCUUCUUCUUUAAAUGUCGCUUCUUCAAGAAGGUGUUUCUUACCCCAUUGGCUAGAUCAGGUUUCUAUUUUGACAUUAGUACUCUUUUCUUCAUUCAGUAAAUCAUGCAAAAAAAAAAUACUAUGUUUUAUGUUGCCAGUCAGAUUACUAAAUGUUGUCCACAGGAAAAUCAGCCACCAAAACAGCCACAGCCCUUGCACUCACCACACUGUUGAUUACUCAGUGAAUGUCUGUCUUCCCAGCUGUACCUAGAAAGCUCUGUGAGGGAUCUGUCUUGUAUUGCACUAGUUCCCCAGCUUUUGGAACGGUAUCGAACACAUAGUAGGUAUUCAAUAAAGAGUUGUUGAAUGCGUGAAUAAAUAAGGAAAGUGGGAAAUUGAGAAUCCUUAAGCAAUGGAAAUGUCUAUAACUGGCCCUGGUGAGCAAAACAUUUCUGCUAGGGAGAUCAACUGUUCAAUUCCAGUUUGGAAAUGAAGGGUUUGGGAGGACUUGGGACUCUCAGUGCUAAAAUUGAGAAACUCCUGAGGAAACCGAGACUAGUUGGUCACCCUCUAUUUACGGUCCUCCAAACCAAAGGAGUUCCUCUGUUUGUCCUCACUUUCCACUCUUUUCUACCCAUAACUGAUCUUUCGGGAAGAUAUUUCCAUUCUGCCUCUAAACAGAUAGAAAUGUUUCAGGCUCUGCCAUUGUUUCCUGAAAUGGUCGAUUCUCAAGGCUGACAAGUUAUGUAUUUUACCAUCAGAAUUUUAAACUCUGGACCCCUCACCUCUGGGUAGAGUGAAAGCUGCUGAUGCGUGUGUUCAGCCAUUUGUACUUAUCAUCUUCAAAACUUCUCAUCCU